UUUUACAGUCACCAAAUCUUGUAGAUUAGAAAAAGCGAAGAGUUUGUAAGAACAGAAAAAGAGGCGGAGGUGGUCGUGUCGGCUUCGACCGGACAUUGACGAUAUAUACUUGCGCAUAUAUAUAUACGCAGUCUCUGUGUAUAUAUAUAUAUAUAUAGAGAGAGAGAGAGAGAGAGAGAGAGAGAGAUCCAGUCAGUGCUUCUCGUUUCUGAUAUUGUGAAGCCCUUAAUCGAUUGUUGACUAUUCGGAUCGGUGGGAGGUUAUCGAGAGGAUCCUUUGUGGUUCUGUUAUGGCAUUUUCUGUGGCUUCAAAUCAUAUCUCUUCAGGAGGAAUUCAUCCAGAUCCCAACGAUGCUCUCUACAAGGAAUUAUGGCAUGCCUGUGCUGGGCCUCUUGUUUCUCUCCCUCGUGUGGGGGAGCGAGUAUAUUACUUCCCAGAAGGUCACAUGGAGCAGCUUGAGGCAUCAAUGCACCAAGGGAAAGAACAACAAAUGCCUUCAUUCAAUCUCCCAUCUAAAAUCCUUUGUAAAGUUGUUAAUGUUGAGCGUCAGGCUGAACCAGAAACAGAUGAGGUUUAUGCUCAAAUAACACUUCUACCUGAAGCACAUCAAGGUGAGGUUACAAGUCCAGAUCCUCCACUUCCAGAACCUGAAAGGUGUACAGUCCAUUCAUUUUGCAAGACGCUUACUGCUUCGGACACCAGCACCCAUGGUGGAUUCUCUGUUCUCCGACGACAUGCAGAUGAUUGUCUCCCUCCAUUGGAUAUGUCCCAGCAACCACCAUGGCAAGAAUUGGUUGCAAGUGAUCUUCCUGGCAAUCAAUGGCGUUUUCGUCAUAUUUUUCGAGGGCAACCUAGGCGUCAUCUUCUUACAACUGGGUGGAGCGUCUUUGUUAGUUCGAAAAAGCUAGUAGCUGGUGAUGCGUUCAUAUUCCUGAGAGGGGAGAAUGGGGAGCUCCGAGUUGGAGUAAGGAGGCAUAUGAGACAGCAGACAAAUAUGCCAUCUUCUGUAAUAUCUAGUCACAGCAUGCAUCUUGGGGUACUUGCCACUGCUUCCCAUGCCAUUGGAACUGGAACACUCUUCAUCGUCUUCUACAAGCCAAGAACAAGUCAGUCUGAGUUUGUCGUAAGUCUCAACAAGUACCUUGAAGCUCGUAACCAUAAGCUUUCUGUCGGGAUGAGGUUCAAGAUGAGAUUUGAGGGUGAGGAAGUUCCUGAACGAAGGUUCAGUGGCACAAUUGUUGGUGUGGGGGAGAAUAAAUCUUCAGGAUGGGCUGAUUCUGAAUGGCGAUCCUUAAAGGUUCAAUGGGAUGAACCUUCUUCAAUAUUGCGCCCAGAAAGAGUGUCACCUUGGGAACUGGAACCACUUGUUGCAGUUAAUCCUUCAAAUUCCCAACCUACACAAAAGAUCAAGCGGUUAAAACCAUCGGUUUUACCAUCGCCAACAUCAGAUUGUCCUGUUCUUGGUAUGUGGAAAUCCCCAGUUGAGUCUCCGGCUUUUUCAUACUCUGGGUCUCAACAUGGACAUAUGGUCAAUUCAUCUCCCAAGUAUGCUUUCGCUACAAUGCCAAACUCUUUUGGCUUGAACACAAAUUGUUCACUUGCUGCUGUUUCUCCAAAUUCAACGUAUUGGUCUAAUAGAGAGGAGAGUGCAAAGAUGUUUUCUCCGGCAGUUAACAAAGAUCCUGGUGACAGGAGACAGGUUUCAGGGAAUGGCUGUAGGCUGUUUGGAAUUCAGCUUGUUGACCACUCUAAUAUAGAAGAAAUUUCACCAUUUACUACAUUGUCCGGAACGGUGGGAGAUGUUCAGCCUGUUGUUUCUUUAUAUGCUGACUCUGACCAGCAUUCAGAACCAUCAAAUGUCAAUCAUCUUGAUAUCCCAUCAGCAAUUUGUGAUCCUGAGAAAUCCUGCCUGAGAUCACCACAGGAGAAACAGAGCAGGCAAAUUAGGAGCUGCACUAAGGUUCACAUGCAAGGAAUUGCUGUUGGUAGGGCUGUUGAUUUGACUCAAUACAAUUGCUAUGAGGAGCUGCUUAAGAAAUUGGAGGAGAUGUUUGACAUUGAAGGCGAUCUUUGUGGAUCCGCAAAAAAAUGGCAGGUUGUCUACACUGAUGAUGAAGAUGACAUGAUGAUGGUGGGGGAUGACCCAUGGCAUGAGUUUUGCACCAUGGUAAGAAAGAUUUUCAUCUGUACAGCGGAGGAAAUCAAGAGGCUUUCUACCAAGAAGAAAACAGACAAUAAUGAAGUAAAAAAACCCAGGCAUGACGACAUGGCAGUCAACACUGCGGACCAGUCCUCAGUUGUCGGGUCUGAAUGCUGAUAUCCACAUGGCGCCACUGUAACAUUGAAAAUUGGAGAAAAUGAGGCUCCAUGGUAGAGAAGGAAAUUGUAAUGUGUCAUUCAAGAUUUUGCUAAGAGCAUCAUGGAUAUGGGAUAACAUUUACAGCAACAUAUGAUAUUGCUGGAAUAACCGGUACAAUUCUGUAACUCAAAAGAUCAGUGGUGAUCAGUGGUGACAUGGAAAGGGCGGCUGAGUGUACAUUUGAAGAGUGAGCCUCACUUUAACCAUCAGCCUGCUUCCUUAAGUGUUUGGAUUCAAAUAGGCUGAGAAGUUUUGUGUACUUAUGCUUCCUCUUUUGCCUUGUGCACAAAAGUAUGGGGAAUGUGAUGUCUUUGCCUGUAUUUGUCUUUUUUCCUUAGGUUUUUUGCCCUUCAAAAUAUGUUCUAUAUUCAAGAUGAUGCAUUUACCUCCCUACUUUUGUGUGUAUAUAUCUAUAUAUACUAUAUAUAUAGGUUCUUCCAUUUC